UUAUCCAGUGUACUUGAAGAGAUCCAAAAUUCAUCAUUUUCGAUUGGAAGAUUCUUUCUUUUAGCUCGUGGUGUGAUGGCGCCCCUGACAUCAGAAUGGCACAUUUGAGCACCUAUCGUACGGUUCUAUAAUUCAAUGCCACUUGCGAUUUUGCAACAGUUUGCCCAUAGUUUUGCCCAAUUUUUACCGUUCUCGUGUGGUAACCACAAAUAAGGGUCGCAUUCAGUUUGGAAGAAUUGUGACAGCCGCACGUGCUGAACCACUGAAAUAUUUUCAGUGUUCUGAACGCUUAUAGUUGCUCGGUGUUUGAACACUAGAGGCCGCACCCCCACUACGCGACCAGUAGAAUUUCGGUAGAAUAAUCUAGGCUCUACCAGAAUUCGAGGUCCAAUCUCUGCGAGUUCGUUUGGCGAGUUUAAGACGAUAGAUCAUCGCGAUUAUAGACCACGCUUGUCGUCGUACAGCACAGUUCAUCAAAGGGUAUUAGCCUCAUAUUUUGUGGAACUACAUAAACGCCGAAGUUUCAGUCAAUCAGGUGAAUAAAAUGAUUUCUGAAAACCAGUUGGUGCCUUGCUUAUAAGAGUGUUGGAGUGUCAAACGCGGUCACUCGAGGGCUGCAACGAGCGAAGAAAUCACUGUCCGAAGCAUACAAGAGGUUGAGUUCGACUGUCUGUCCAAGGACAUUGAUUAUAGCAAUGGCCAAAUGGGGCGAAGGAGAUCCUCGAUGGAUUGUAGAGGAGAGACCAGAUGCGACCAAUGUCAACAACUGGCACUGGACUGAGAAGAAUGCUUGUCCAUGGUCGCAAGACAAGCUAAAGGAGUUAUUUACAAAUCUGAUCAUCGAAGGUGACGAUGUUAAAUGCAAAAUAACUGAUGUUGAGAAAUGCGAAGGUGAAGCUGUUGCAAAUAAUAGGAAAGGAAAACUAAUCUUUUUUUACGAAUGGAAUCUAGUACUUAAAUGGGUUCUUGAGGACAGUGGGGAAGACAACAUUACUGGAAAAAUUAACAUACCCAAUUUAUCAGAGGAGAAUGACAUCUCUGAGGUCGAUAUCGAAAUCACCCUCAAGGAUAGUACCGAUAAGGGAGAAGUUGUGAAGCAUUUUUUACAUACCAAAGGAAAGGUGACAAUUAGAGAAAAACUAGGCCAAUACGUAGCAGCACUCAAAGAAGAAUUUAGCAAAGGCAUGAUUUUACCUAAAAAAGAAAGCAUGAACGAGAAGAUAUCUACCAUGACCUCUGGCUUUGACGCUAAGAUGCAGAUGAACAGCAUUGUGAAAUCCAACGACCAGCCACUCGGCGUUAAAAUAACAACAGCCACGGUGAAACAGCAGCAAAAGUUCCAAUGCAGAGCUGAGGAGUUCUACAAUGUAUUCACGUCUGUCGAGAUGGUUCAAGCAUUUACCAAAGGCCCGGUAAAGCUGGAAGCGAAAAAGGGUGGUAAGUUUGAACUGUUCGGGGGCAAUAUCCACGGAGACUUCGUCGAGGUAACCCCGUCGAAAAUUAUCCAGAACUGGCGUUGCAAGCAGUGGCCUUCCGGUCAUUUUAGUAAGGUCACAUUAGAAAUAAGUGAAAAAAAUGACCACACCGAAGUAAACCUCGUACAGACUGGCGUACCGUCAACUGAAGCGGAUACAACGAAGGCAAAUUGGGAGAGGUACUACUGGGACGCAAUAAAACGGACCUUCAGUUUUGGCUACUUCAUGUGAUCAGCAGAUAGCCGCAUUAAAUUUUUCGCGUUUGAUAUUUAUUUAAUAACGAUAAGUGAAGCAGCGCAACGCGAAAUGUAAUUAAAAGUGUAAUGUGAAUCAGCUAUACACACUGCGAUUUGUUUUGAUCGAACUUUACAUAUUUUGAAACGCCUGGCUAUGAAACCACCGCGUCGCAUAACUGAUCAUGCAAUAGUAUCGGAAUAAACCAAUUCACUUUAUUUGUGAUUGAAAACAAAAAAAUCCGUCAAACACGUAGGUAUACGUAAUAAAUGAUUGGCAAGAAAAA